AUGUCCCUCGCGCGCGUCAACGCUCGACGCGUCGUCAACGCAUCCGUCGUCUCACCGCGCGCGCGUCGUUCAACGGCGUCUCGCGCCUCGAUCGCGACCGUCCGAGCUUUGAACACGGUCGAUGGGUGCGCGUUAUCCACGCCGCGACGUGCUCGCCGCGCCGCGUCGCUCGCACCGCGCGCGUCCUCGGUGAGCGAGCUCGCGCUCGCGAUCGACACCUCCGGGUUCGACCAGAUGUUCAUCAACGGCCUGAAGAUCGGAUUACCGCUCUACGGCGCGGUCGUCGGGGCGAUCUUCAUCUUUGGGACGAUCGCAAAGGUUGCGUUUCCGGAAAAGUACGACGCGGCCAUGUACGGCAAAGUGGCUAGGGAGGACGUGGAGAAGGGGAAGAUCGAUCUGGAUAACUUGAGCGAGGAAGACGCGAGGGCGGUGGCGGAGUUGGAGGCGGAGAUGCGGGCGCGUGGUGAGCUUUGA